UAUUGACGACUACGAUCGUUGUGUGUGUUCCAAAUCGGUUAUCUACAAAACCAAAUGAGUAACUGGAAAGUCAUUGAAAGAAGUAGUGAAACCAAACAAUGGUGAUUCGUUUAUUUAGUGACGAUUUUCGGUUAUGAAUUUUCUUUCGAGGAUAUUAUACAUUCUAAAGGAGACUUUAUUUCUCGAAGAAUACUCCGAUUAAUGGAGGCUUUUGCUCAGUAAAUUUAAUGAGCUUGAGACAUGGAAUGUCGAGAUUCUUAUUUUAUCAAGGUCAUUUUACUACUUAUAGCGAUUCUUCACUUUACACAUCAAGGAACAACACCUCCAGAGUACCAUGCUGUGGUAGGAGGGAAGGGUGAAUUACCUUGCAACAUCAGUGUGCCUUCACCGAAUGACAAAGUGUCUCUUGUACUUUGGUACAAAGGAGACUCAAGAGUACCAAUGUACAGUAUCGACACCAGAAAUAGCCCCUUGGACCAAGCAAAACAUUUUCCUGCAGAUUCACUCUUGUCGAGAGCAGUAUUCGAUAUGAUUGCAGAACCGUCUGUUUUAAGGAUAGAACCAGUUCGUGAAGACGACGAAGGCAUUUAUAGAUGUCGAGUUGAUUUCAGAUGGGGAAGAACUUACAGUUCCACUGUUAUUUUAAAUGUUACAGUGCCUCCGGAAAAAACUAUCAUCACUGAUGACAAAGAUCAGAUGAUGUCUGGUAUCAUAGGGCCGUAUGAUGAAGGUGCAGAUGUACAACUCAAAUGCGAUGGUAUUGGAGGAAAACCAUCCCCUGCUGUUCUAUGGUGGCGAGGUUCGACUAUUCUAGAUGACAGCUACUACGUCAUGGAAGACGGAAUUGUUAGAAAUGAAGUGACGAUUCCAAAUUUCCAACGGAAUGAUUUGAUGACAAUUCUUACAUGUCAAGCUACCAAUAACAAUGUUACUGCUCCCGUAUCAACAUCCGUUACCGUCGACCUUAACUUGAAGCCGUUGGAUGUUCAUAUCACAACAACACAGGCACCUCUCUCAGCGAAUGUCAAAGUGGAGAUAGAAUGUGUAUCAAGUGGUGGAAGGCCUCCCGCUCGCAUCACUUGGCAUAAAGACAACGAAGAAUUGAAAAACGUGACAGAAAAGAUUUCCGCCGAUGGCAACAUCACUACCAGCAUUCUUAAAUUUUGGCCAUCUGGAGAAGAUAAUGGCAGAUAUCUAUCCUGUCGAUCUGAUAAUCCUUUAUUACCAGACAGUGCCUUAGAAGACGGCUGGAUUCUUAACAUCUCUUAUGUACCGCGAGUCACUUUAGAUCGAAGUGGAAGCGACAUCCAGCAUUCUGUACGAGAAGGAAGCGACGUAUAUUUUCAUUGCAAUAUCAAUUCAAAUCCACCAUUUACUAAAAUUGGAUGGCAAUUUGAAGGUCGACCACUGUUUCAUAAUCCACCAGCCGGGGUCAUCAUUAACAAUCAAUCAUUGGUGAUGCAGAAAGUCAGAAGAGCAAAUAAAGGCAGGUUCCGUUGUUAUGCCGUCAAUUCUGAAGGAAUGGGGGAAAGUUCGGAUGUUAGCCUUCUUAUUGAUCAUACUCCGGUUUGUGCACCGGGUCAGAAAAUUGUAUAUGGUGUAGCCAAAGACGAAACAGCUCGUGUAGAAUGCGAAGUUCAAGCAGAGCCUCCAGAAGUAUCAUUCCAUUGGGUUUUCAACAAUUCUUUUGAUAAACAUAACAUUCGAACGUUCAGUAAUGACGGAUUAAAAAGCUUAGCAACUCAUACACCGAGAAGCAUAAAUGACUACGGGACAUUAUAUUGUUACGCUAAAAAUAGCAUUGGAAAACAAACAGAACCUUGCAUUUUUUCGAUAAUACCUGUAGGUCCUCCAGAACCUGUCCGAAACUGCUCUGUUGCUAAUGUCACUAGUGAAUCUCUACUGGUGGAUUGUGACAAGGGUCAUAACGGAGGACUGAAACAAUACUUUUAUAUGGAAGUCUACAAUUCUGCAGCCGAGAGACUAGAGGGCAAUGUCACUAAUCUAGAAGUACCAACGUUUCAUAUCUCCAACCUUCCAUCUGCCACGGCUUUCAUUUUAGUGAUUUAUGCCGCCAAUGCUAAAGGGAGUAGUGACUCGACUACGUUAAGAACCAAAACUCUGGUUGCUUCGCAGAAUAAUUCGGGAAACCUGAAUACGACGGUAGUAAAUCCUUUAUUGGGAGUUUUAAUCUGUGUGGUAGCAGCUUUAGUAAUGGUUCCCGGUAUUGCCAUGGUUAUAAUUAGAAUGCGUGGCACCGAUGAAGAUAAAGGUUUUUGUUUGAAAUUUUACGAUAUUUUAAAUGUAAUGUGCAUCAGAAUUGUAAACUUAAUUAAUUAUUUAGGGCAUCCCGAUGAAACUUCGAUGGAAAAGGCAGAAACUCUGUUGAAAAAGAAUCCGGAAGACUAUCCAGACAAUGAUGCGAAAGAUCCUGAUCUAAUUCCUCCAAAAUCAAACUAUUUCGACUAUCCGUCCGAAGAAAGAGAAUGGUACUCAUUUAGAAGAAGUAAAGCCACAGACAAAAUCUAUGACAACCACAUACCAGGCUCGCAUCUUUUAUAUGACAGCGGAGGACCAAGUACAGCUCCUUGUCAAACUUCGAUCAAGGAAAAUAUAAAAUAUUCAGAUCUCGGACCACCUCAGGAGAUUUCGGCGUCAGCUUUACGGCAUCGAGAAGCUCCUGUAUAUUAUACAGAAUGGGAAAGUCAGAGGCGACCAUCACCUAGGGGAAGAGACAGAAUGGAAGCUUAUGACGAACAUUUGGGGACUCCCUUGAUGACACGCGUAUUUCGGAGUUCCGAAAUAAAUUAUCUGCCUUCCAACGAGAGGCGAACUUUGUCAACACCGGUUUGAGAUGCAAACAACGACGACAAUGAACAGACUUAUCCAAAGACUAGUGUAAUCGUGUGUUAAUCAUCAUUUGCGAGUGGAUCGUAAACUAUAAUCAUCCACUGACUCCAUAACAGAAUGUGUGCGAUUACAGGUUCUUGAUUGGAUAUAUUAACAUUGUACAUAGGAUUGAACGUCUGAGAUUUAAAUAUUGUAAUUUAGUAUAUUUUAAAUUAGUCGAUCAUUCGUCUGAUGGGAUGUUUUAAUUUUUCAAACUCGAUUCGUAUAACGUGCCAAACCAAAUAUUUCAGUUAUUUUCACUAAACACGUAAAAAAUAUUUUAAAAUUCUCAAUUCCACUGGAGCAAUAUAGAGGGAAAAAAAGUAAAUUUAUUCCUGUUAGAACAUCUUGUAGAUAGUUUUCAACAAAACAUACAUAAAUUAAAUUCAACCAAAAUUAUUUCUAUAUAAAUUUGCUUCUUGCACAAAAAUAAUUAUUUCAACUCUUUGUGAUUUAGUAGCUUUUUCAAUCGAUACUUAAAUGGUCAAAUUUGACUAAUAUAUAGGAAUGUUAUAGAAUUUGUUGAUGUGGAUAAAAUCCAAUUUGAUUUUCAUCACUGAACUUGUAGGGAUUCGUUUAUCAAAAGAAAAAAAUAACAAAAAAUACAGGUAAGGAUCCGAAGGUUACUUUCAUUUAAGGCCGUUUAAAUCUCGCACAUUUUGAGAAAACAUUGUUUAGAUGAAAAAAAUGUAUAAUAUCGAAAAUUAAUAUUGAUAGAAACUAACACGAUACUUUUACACUUUUACAUAUAACAACACACAACUGGGUAGAAUCGAUUGUGCACACGAAAAUUCAUUGUUAUGACUUCUAUACAUAAAAAUACAAUAUAUAUACUGUAUAUAUACAUACAUAUAUAUAUUUAAUCAUGUUUUCACACAUGUGUAAAAAGUGAAAAUACAAACUUAAUUUCUUUUUAAGCUAAUAAAAAUUACAGCUUUUAUUCUUAGCAAAUUUACUAUUUAAUGAUGGUUAAUGAAAGAUGUAUUGUGAUUUGAAAGAAUAUUGUGUACGUAUAUAGAAAUGGAAUUAUUAAAUACGCAGGAUUUGUUGAGUUUUUAUGAUUAUAAAAUUU